AUGGGGUUCCCAGAAUCACACUUAUGGAUAAGCAUAAGGGCAGGGUCCAGUGCAUUCGAAAAUGGGUCCACCAAGUACUUUUACCUCCAAUCAAGAGAAAGAAUGACCAAUCCUAGUACCCCUAUAAAGAAUAAAGGAGAAGCAGCUGUUACUCCGUUUUUGUCAGAGCAAGAGCCCUCCACAUCAAAGCUAGACCCUGAAUUACCAUCCCAGUUCAAAAGAGUGGUCCUAUGGCCUGAAAAAAAGAAUCCUGUUAAAUCUGCACGUUUGCGAGAAAAGCUUCCGGCUGUGGUAACGUCGCCACAAAUGAUGGAAUAUUAUAAGAAAAAAGAAAACAAAAAAAUAGAAGCUGAAAAGCAGAAAGAGGCUAACAAAAGAGCAAGGGAAAUAAAAAAGGCAGAAUUAGAAAUGAAAAAAAGUCAAAAAGCUGGAACAACAAAAAAGAAGAGGGUGAUUGAAAGUGUGUCCUCAGACGAGUCGUCAGAGUCCAUGUCUUCUCAAAUAUCUCUUCAUGAGUCUGAUGCAUCUGAUUGGAAUGAGAUGAGUGACGAGGAAGAAGAAGUUUCGGAAGUGAAGUCAUUCAAAAAUUUGGUAGAAGGAGAUUUUAUUUUGGUUGAAUAUAAGGGAGGCAAGAGGAUGCUGUAUAAUUUUAUUUACCUUUGUGUUAUCCAAAAAAAUUAUCUCAGAAGAUGA